AUGCCUCUUCCUACUGAACAGCGCGCGCCGACUCCAGACGGUGACCUCGAUGAAGCAUUAGUCGAGGGAAAGAAUGCUGCGCAGAUCCAACUUGGCCCCCAGUCGCCACCGGCCAUAACGUUAACGUUUCCUGAAGGUGGACUUCGUGCAUGGAGCAACGUGAUAGGAUGCUUCCUGCUGGCUUUCACUUCCUUUGGUCAACUCAAUGCAUUUGGUGUCUUUCAAACGUACUAUGCCGAGAACCUCCUUCAAGAUUACACACUCUCUAGCAUCAGUUGGAUUGGUAGCGUCCAACUAGUCAUCACGUAUAUCAGCGGAAUUAUCCUCGGUCGCGUCUUCGACAUCUAUGGCGCAAGGUCUUCACUUGUCAUUGGCUGGAUAUUAUCCACGUUCUCCUUGAUGAUGACGUCUCUAUCCCGCAAGUACUAUCAGAUUGUACUCGCGCAAGGUAUUGGGCUGGGAAUCGGGAUUGCCCUGCAGUACAUGACCGUACCGACUCACUGGUUCCGCGCCAAACGAGCCGCGGCAAUGGGCAUAGUGGUGUCUGGUGCUAGUCUAAGUGGCAUCAUCUAUCCUAUCAUGUUGUCAAGACUAUUCGACUCUGUUGGCUUUCCAUGGGCUGUCCGCAUCAUGGCCUUCAUGAACUUUGGGAUCCAGGCAGUGGCCAUUCCUCUCGUCAAGGAGCGUCUUCCGCACCGCCUUGGUCUCCCGCUCGUCGAUGUCGGAGCUUUCCGGGAAGGGACAUUCCUGUUGCAUAUCAUUGCUGGCUUCUUGGCCCCCUUCGGUUUAUACACGCCAUACUGGUACAUCGAACUGUUCAGCUUGUCGACCGGACUCAGCGCGAACCUGUCCUUCUACAUGAUCGCCAUCAUGAACGCGGCCGGUCUAGUUGGGCGAGUUUUAACUGGCUACCUCGGCGACCGGUACGGACGAUUCAAUGUGACUGUUCCUAUCCUCGUGUUGGGUGCCAUUUCAUCUAUGGCAAUCUGGACGACUUCCAAGGGUGCUGCUGAGACUGUCGUUUUCUCUCGUAUGGAAGCUGCGUACUCUUCGAUUUCGGCGUCCGCCACUGCUCAAAUCACACCGGAUCCGACCCAGAUUGGUGCACGUAUUGGUAUGUUCAUGACUGCAAUGGCUCCGGGAAUUUUGACCGGUCCGUCGAUCUCGGGCGCCAUACUGCAGCAUAAUGGCGGAAAUUAUCUCGGCCUUCAAAUAUUCGUGGGCGUCAUGCUCUUAGCAGCUGCAGGGGCCGAGUCAGCGGCUCGGUUGUAUGGUGCACCGCAAUUGUUUUGUAUCUUCUGA